AUACUCCAAUCUUUGGUUAAAUCCCCUCAGAGGUUGAUCCUCAUCUUGUGAUCCAAUCCAUAUAGACUGGAGUUUUGGUUUGGUUAGGUCCACUUCGACCCUCACUUUAGCCAUACUGGGCCGAGUUCUUCCCUCAGUGGCAUUAUCCGUGGUAAGCGGAGUACCGACAGGUGAUAGAAUUUGUCACAGGUAAUACCAGGAAUAGAGGUGAAAAGACAGUUCCGGGAGGAGGAUAGCUCCAGUUUGAAAUCAGAGAUUCAUUAUUUUCGAUGUGGAAGCUGAAGAUAGGAGAAGGUGGAGGGCCAUAUCUGAAGAGUACUAACAACUUUGUUGGAAGACAAAUAUGGGAGUUUGAUCCUAAUGCUGGAACCCUUGAAGAGCGACAAGCUUUCGACAAAGCCCGCCAAGACUUCCACGACCAUCGCCACAAGGGAUAUCAUGCCUGUGCUGAUUUGUUCAUGAGAAUUCAGCUAAAGAAGGAAAGUGGGAUGGACUUGUUGAGCACUCCAGCAGUAAGAAUAAGUGAAAAGGAACAAGUGACAUAUGAAGCUGUCACAAGUGCUGUCAAGAAAGCUCUCCGUCUAAUCCGUGCCAUCCAAGCCAAAGAUGGUCACUGGCCGGCUGAGAAUGCUGGUCCCUUGUUCUUUACUCCUCCUCUUCUCAUUGCCUUAUACAUCAGCGGAGCAAUUAACACCGUUCUAACACAAGAACACAAAACAGAAUUGGCUAGAUUCAUUUACAACCAUCAAAAUGAAGAUGGUGGAUGGGGAUUCUAUAUAGAAGGGCAUAGCACCAUGAUUGGUUCAGCACUUAGCUAUGUAGCCUUACGUUUGUUGGGUGAAGGGCCUGACAUUGAUGAUGAUGGCAAUGGCGCAGUUGCUAGAGGUCGCAAAUGGAUUCUUGAUCAUGGCGGUGCCACUGCAAUUCCUUCAUGGGGGAAAACGUAUUUAUCAGUGCUUGGAGUGUACGAGUGGGAUGGUUGUAAUCCUUUGCCACCAGAGUUCUGGCUUUUCCCUUCAUUUUUUCCUUACCAUCCAGCAAAAAUGUGGUGUUAUUGCCGGACAACGUACAUGCCUAUGUCAUACUUGUAUGGCAGAAAAUACCAUGGACCCAUCACUGAUAUUGUUCUCUCCAUAAGAAACGAAAUUCAUGUCAAACCGUAUGAUCAGAUUGAGUGGAAUAAAGCUCGCAUGGACUGUUGUGCGGAGGAUAUUUACUACCCUCACACCUUCAUCCAAGAUCUCCUUUGGAAUACUUUGGAAUAUUGCAGCGAGCCAAUUAUGAGAUGCUAGCCUUUCACGAAAAUAAGGGAAAAAGCUUUGAGAAAAGCAAUCAAAUACAUGCGCUAUGGCGCAGAAGAGAGCAGAUAUAUGACCAUUGGCUGCGUUGAGAAGAGUUUGCAAAUGAUGUGUUGGUGGGCUCAUGAUCCUAAGUGUGAGGAGUUCAAGUAUCACCUCGCUAGAGUUGCCGAUUAUCUAUGGCUUGCUGAAGAUGGAAUGACGAUGCACAGCUUUGGAAGUCAAUUGUGGGAUUGUUCUCUUUCCACUCAAGCAAUUAUUGCAACUGGAAUGGUGGAGGAAUAUGGGGAUUGUCUAAAGAAAGCGCAUUUCUUUAUAAAAGAAUCACAGGUGAAAGAGAAUCCAAAGGGAGAUUUCAAAGCCAUGUACAGACAUUUCACUAAAGGAUCAUGGACUUUUGCAGACCAAGAUCAUGGUUGGGUUGUCUCAGAUUGUACUGCUGAAGGUCUUCAGUGUCUGCUGUUGCUUGGUCAAAUGCCACCUGAAAUAGUUGGAGAGAAAGUCGAUGUUCAGCGUUUAUAUGAGGCUGUUGACGUGUGCCUUUAUCUACAGAGUCUCGAGAGUGGAGGUUUUUCUAUUUGGGAGCCUCCAAUUCGACAGCCCUAUCUGCAAGUAUUGAAUCCUUCAGAACUUUUUGCUGACAUUGUCGUUGAGCAAGAGCAUCAGGAAAACACUGCUGCUAUAAUCAGGGCUUUUUUAGCAUUCAAACGACUGUAUCCAAGUUACAGGAGAGAAAUUGAAGUGUCUGUGGCAAAGGCAAUUAAAUUUCUUGAACAAAGGCAGAAGCCAGAUGGUUCAUGGUAUGGUUACUGGGGAAUUUGCUUCCUAUAUGGUACAUCCUUUGUCCUAGCAGGUUUAGCGGCUGCUGGGAAGACCUAUGAAAAUAGUGAAGCUGUUCGUGAAGCUGUUAACUUCUACCUAUCAACACAAAAUGAAGAGGGUGGCUGGGGUGAGAGCCUAAAAUCUUGCCCUACAAUGAAAUACACACCACUUGAAGGGAACCGAACAAAUUUGGUACAGACUUCCUGGGCUAUGCUUGGUCUCAUGUAUGCUGGACAGGCUGAGAGGGAUUCGACGCCUUUACACAGAGCAGCAAAGUUAUUGAUUAAUGGACAAAUGGAUGAUGGAGAUUUUCCACAACAGGAUAUUACUGGAGUCUACAUGAAGAAUUGUAUGCUUCACUAUGCCAUGUAUAGGAGCUAUUUCCCGUUGUGGGCACUGGCAGAAUAUCGCCGACGCGUUUGGCAGUCCCAAUGCCUCUAAUUAAUUUUAGAGCUGCCAAAAUUUUUUUCUGCCAAGAAGUAACGAUUUCCCGUGCUUUGUUAAGUGUGCGUUGAAAUGUAAUAAAUGCUACGCAACUAUGUAAUUUCAACAUAUUUUCUAAUCUCCUCUCCGUGCUAAAAAACAAUCUAUUGAUACAAGCUUUUACAUAUAUAAA